AUUUUGGGAAAAAUUAUGUUAUUAUUUGUUUUUUUAAUUUUAAUACAUAUAAAAUAUUAUUCCCCCCAAUUUUAUUUCAGCCAAAAUAACCUAGUCAUUGAUUCCAUUUUCAUUUGCCGCCCACUCUCUCUCGUAACCCCAUCUCUCUUCGUCAACCUCAUCUCCGAUAAAGAACGAGGCGUCAAGACCCAGACCAACUCAACAAAGCGAACCGCAAUCGUCAAAGCAAUCGACGCCUUAGCUUCUCUCGGAGCUGACACCGUUACCACCGGGAGUUCGCUCUCCGCUACUUGGCGGCUGCUCUGGACCACGGAGAAAGAACAACUUUUCAUUAUCGAGAAAGCCUACUUGUUUGGUACCCAAGCCGGAGACGUAUUGCAGAGAGUGAAUUUUAGAUUCACGAGUGCGGUUUUGCGUGGGGAAAAUUGGGAGAUUCCGUUGCCCCCAUUUGGACAAGGCUGGUUUGACACUGUGUAUUUGGAUGAUAAGAUUCGUGUUGUCAAAGAUAUAAGGGGAGACUACUGUGUAUUUCAGAGCAUUCUUCACACACAUUUGGGUUUUGGGUUCUUUGUGUUGACUAAAGGUUGCGCAAUUGUAACUCUAUCUAUUGGAGAAAGGUACCUUAAAGAAAGACUGUUGGACAUGGGUGGGUUGAAUCGAGUCUAUGAAUUUUUGAAUCCGGGUGCGAUUGCCACCGACGCAGGGGAUGAGAGUAAUCGUUGCCAAGCACUAGUCGCUCGAAUGACUAGGAUGACUAAUUCAGAGAAAUGGCUUAUUGCCCCAUAUAAUAGAGAAUUUUUAAAAAUUCCCCAAAGCUUCCAAGUCUCAAAGAAGAAGAAAAUUUAA